GUGAUUUGACUUGGGCCAGAGUCGGAGUCCUGGAGACUGCCGAACUCGUGCGACACCUUCUGCCGUUUGACAGACAUGUUUCUCCUCACCUAGUUUUCCCCGGUACUUACUUGUUUUAUUCCUUUUCCUAGGUCGAGGUCGAGAAUUGGGGAGUUUGUUAAUCUGUGAAUCGAAAUGGUGGGCAUGUCUCAAAACUUUGUUCUCAAGAAGGUUUGGCUGCUACCCUAGUCCAUGUCCCAAGGCUUAUCGGAAGGUGGGACCGCCCGAUAAGGAAUGCCCCACCGAUUUUUUUUGUCCGUCUGUUUGAGUUCUCGAGGACCAAGUUUGGAUCCCAGGAUCCUUCAUUAUCACGACAUAAUAGUCUUGCAAACAGAACAAAGAAAACAUGGCGAAACGGAGAUCCAAGAAGAAGACGCAUGUCGGAGCCAACAACCCCGCCACUCCGGCGGACAUUGUUGGUCAUGCCUCUGCUCGCGAUCCCAAGAGCAUGGUCAUUCGCAUUGGAGCCGGCGAGGUCGGGUCCAACGUCAGUCAAUUGGCCUCCGACGUGCGUCAAGUGAUGGAGCCCGGUACUGCCAGUCGACUGAAGGAGCGCCGAGCAAACAAACUACGAGACUACGUCACCAUGUGCGGUCCCCUCGGCGUCACCCACCUGCUGCUCUUCUCGCGAUCCGAAUCUGGAAACACCAACCUCCGACUCGCUGUUGCGCCGCGUGGACCUACCUUCCACUUCCGAGUUGAGAAGUAUUCGCUGAGCAAGGAUGUUCAGAGAGCACAGAGGCAUCCGAAAGGAGGGGGGAAGGAAUACAGCACUCCGCCGUUGCUUGUGAUGAACAAUUUUACCACCCCAUCCUCAGACGCAAAGUCUAAAGUACCGAGACACCUCGAAUCUCUGACCACGACAGCUUUCCAGUCCUUGUUUCCUCCCAUCAACCCCCAGGCAACCCCGCUCAAGUCGAUCCGCAGAGUGCUGCUUCUCAACAGAGAACAAUCAACGGAAGAAGACGACGGAUCCUUCGUCCUCAACUUCCGGCAUUAUGCGAUUACGACUAAAUCCGUCGGGGUCUCAAAGCCGCUCAGGCGACUGAACGCCGCCGAGAAGCUGCUCAAGGCGAAGACGGGCAAGAAGGGUGGCUUGCCGAACCUGAACAAGCUGCAGGAUAUUUCCGACUACAUGAUUGGCGGUGAGGGCGGCGACGGGUACAUGACGGAGGGCACCAGCGGGAGCGAAGUCGAGACAGAUGCCGAGGUGGAGGUGUUGGAGACGGCCCCGAGGAAGGUCCUGACGGCCAAAGCCAGGGCUACCGCUGCCGCUGCCGCCUCGGAGGAGAAGGACCCUCAGAACUCAGUCGAGCGAGCCGACAAUGUCGAGCGCCGAGCUGUCAAGCUGGUGGAGCUGGGCCCCCGGAUGCGGCUGAGGAUGACCAAGGUGGAAGAUGGUAUCUGCUCAGGCAAGGUGAUGUGGCACGAAUACGUGCACAAGACCAAGGAAGAGAUCAAGGAGCUCGAGAAGAGGUGGGAGCAGCGCCGGAGAGAGAAAGAGGCGCGGAAGAAGCAGCAGAAGGAGAACGUCGAGAAGAAGCGCAAAUCAAAGGCCGAGGAGGAGAAGGCCAGAGGUGGUGGGAAGAAGAACGGAGGCGGCGGGGGUGAGGACGAGAUGGACGUGGAUGACAGCGACGACGCCUUCGAUUACGAGGACGAAUUCGAUAGUGAGGGCUUGGAAGGUGAUGCCGAAGAGCAAAUCAAUGCCGCCAUGGAAGCAAACGGCGAAUGGGAAGACGAGGAGGAAGAAAUUGCAGUCGGGCGACCUCAGAAGAAAGCGAGUACAAGAGGCAAGUAAUAGGUGUAUGGUUUAUAUAAAAGCAUUGGUAUAUCA